GUCCUGGCUUUUCAACCACCAGGAACCAAACUCCAACUUUCUCUGGGCAGGCGGCGUUCAGCACUUUGCGAGGAUGGAGAGCGGGAUAAAUGAAGCAAAGAGCUGAAUUCCAGAGGAGAUCCAUUUCAAAUGAAGAGCAGAGGGGGUGCAUGUGGUAAUAAGAAAUUCGCAGAUUUCUGUGCAUGUACUCAGCGGCAAGUCUUUCCCCUCUGAGAGACAGCAGCGGAAGCGGUACUAUUUUUAGAAACAGUGUUACUGUAGAGGAGUUAAUUAAAGUGGGGCUUAAAGCAGUGUUUUCAUGACAAUCUGCUGCUUUUACUGCUGCAAUCUUCUGAGACGCCUAUCUGCGCUUGCCGUGUCAUGGGGACAGGACGAUGCAUUUAUAUCAAUCUUAUCUCAGCUAGUGCCAAAUGAUGCCUUUCCCUCUCAUGCUCUCCAGGAAAGCACACCGGGGGACUGCAAACUUUCGCGCCAUGGAAUCCUCUGCACUUAAUUGCAACAGCGGCUGCAAAGCUCUGGGGACCUCGUGUAGUUUUGUGUCUUUUCCGAGUCUUAGAAUUUUUAAAGAACAUUGCAGUUUGGGAUGUGAAUGAGAAUUAGGCUAGUAUUGACUGAAAAAGAACUACGGAGAAAAAUCGUUGAGGCGCAUACGGGUUUCUCAUCCUCCUUACUUCUGUCAAGUGUGAGCACCUGUUUUUGCUGGCUCCUAUGGGAAUUAAGCACUCGUCCCGCUGCAUGCUCCUCAGGAGAAAAAUGGCGGAGUCUGAGAGCAUUGAGCAACCACAGCCACGGCCAAUCCGUAUAAUUCCAUCCCAGUCGGCACAGCCAACCUCGUUGCCCAAGCCGGUGCCUUCCAUCCAGCAUGCCUCACGGCCUCCUCUGCCGCCACACACGCCCCAUGCUGCCAGCCUUCCCAGCUGUCCUGGGCGGGGAAAGAUGUCCAAAUUUCUUAGCCCAGAGGAGAUGACCUCACGAGACUACUACUUUGACUCUUAUGCCCACUUUGGUAUACAUGAGGAGAUGCUGAAGGACGAAGUGAGGACGCUCACCUACAGGAACUCCAUGUACCACAACAAACACGUCUUCAAGGACAAAAUAGUGUUGGAUGUUGGAAGUGGGACUGGGAUCCUGUCCAUGUUUGCGGCCAAAGCGGGGGCAAAGCACGUGUAUGGGAUUGAAUGUUCCAGUAUAUCCGAGUAUUCAGAGAGGAUCAUCAAAGCCAACCACCUCGACAGCGUGAUCACCAUCUUCAAAGGCAAGGUGGAAGAGGUGGAGCUUCCUGUUGACAAGGUUGACAUCAUCAUAGCUGAGUGGAUGGGCUACUGUCUCUUCUAUGAAUCCAUGCUCAACACUGUCAUCUUUGCCAGGGACAAGUGGCUGAAACCCGGUGGAUUAAUGUUUCCUGACCGUGCCUCUCUGUAUGUGGUGGCCAUAGAGGACAGGCAAUACAAAGACUUCAAAAUACAUUGGUGGGAGAACGUGUAUGGCUUCGACAUGACCUGUAUCCGUAAUGUUGCCAUGAAAGAACCGCUGGUGGACGUAGUGGACCCUAAACAGGUGGUGACCAACUCCUGCCUCAUCAAGGAGGUGGACAUCUACACAGUGAAGACUGAGGACCUCUCAUUUACCUCAGCGUUCUGCCUGCAGAUCCAAAGGAACGACUACAUCCAUGCACUGGUCACUUACUUCAACAUUGAGUUCACCAAGUGUCACAAGAAGACUGGUUUCUCUACCGCACCAGAUGCUCAAUACACCCACUGGAAGCAGACAGUGUUUUACCUGGAGGACUAUUUGACGGUGCGGAGAGGAGAGGAGAUCGUCGGCAGCAUUGACAUGAAGCCUAAUGAGAAAAACAUUCGAGACUUGGACUUUACCUUCGAGCUGGAUUUCAAAGGACAGCUGUGUGAAGCGGCCAUAUCCCACGACUACAAGAUGCGUUAAGUUGGACUGGGGGACGGUGGUGCCCCACUGAGUACAAGCCCUGAACACCAGAGGGAGACAGAGACACUCCCAUUGAGACAGACACAUUGUGUGAUGUCAGAGGGCCGUAGAAUAAGAGAAAAGACAGGGCCAAAGACCAAGCAGAUGUGGCCCAUUGGCAAUGUCACUAUUGUCACUACAGUGUUUGUUGAAGGCAGGAAGUUAGUCGUGUUGAAUGUUAAACAAAUCUGAAUGUAACACCAACAAAAAGAGGUCCAGAAUAUUUCCUAGUCUUGAUGAAUGUUAUUAUUGAUGUGCGUAUAUAUGUGAGAUGGAGUGAUGUA